UGUCUCUGUUUCCAAUUGAGUUUAUUGCUGACUGUGACAAAAUCGCCGCUAUUAUUGACAACUGUACGCGAUUUCCGUCAUUAUAGCUUUCACUUUGAUUUAAUUUGCUCCUUAAGGCCAUAUGAUGACAAAUCUGGUUUAAAUUUCUGUCCUUCUUUAGCAUAUUCCCGAAGUCCGGUGAAGGCCAGAACAGCCUGCAGCCAGGCUUCCAAUGGGACAGACAAUUCCAACACCCUCUCCGGUGCCCCCGAACGGUGUUCCUCCCAAUCCCCUGUCGACACCUCCUCGCCUCCUAUUCCACCCGACAGAGAUGACAGAGAUAGUCUAGGACAUGGCACUGUCUACGAGAAACCACCCUACUCCUACGCUCAACUAAUUGUUCAAGCCAUCGCCUCUGCUCCUAAAAAGCGUUUGACCCUCUCCGAUAUCUACAAUUACAUCUCCACUACAUUCCCAUAUUACAAACCCAAUCAAAAGGGUUGGCAGAAUUCCAUCCGGCAUAAUCUGUCCCUCAACCGCUACUUUGUUCGCAUUCCUCGAGGUCAAGAGGAGCCUGGCAAAGGUGCUUUCUGGCGUCUGGAUCCAGCAUCGGAAGCCCAUUUAGUCGUUAAAGCUUUCCAGAAACGUCGACAAAGAUCGUAUGCUGUUCCAGCCUAUGUCACUGGUGGGAAUUCCCCUCAGGCAAACUCUGGAAACAGCCUCCCUGAAAAUUCCAGUGUUCCACUUCUAAGCAACCCAAACAACAAUCCAACAGCAAACUUCAUAGAUGAAAGAGAUCUCGGCUUCAAUUCUAGAUUUUUCAAUCUCCAAAAUCCGGUUUCCACUUCAGCAGUUACCUCAAAUUCAAGUACCAUCAAUCCUCUUGAAGCUGACCUAUUGGCAAAAAAGUGA